AUGGAUGUGGACAUACUGAAAACUUGUACGAGUGACAGCAGCAUGGACAUGAUGGCAAUGAUGAUGCAAAUGGAAAAAUUUCCUGAAUUAUGUGAACCUUUAUAUAACACUCUAACCUACCCAGAAAGCGAGUUCUUAGGUGGAAGCUCAAGCUCAACCACCACCACCACUUUGCCCGUGUUCUCCAACAUUAACCCAAAUGUAAUAACUCCUUCUCCACCAUCCUUGAUUAAUCCACCGCCCUCCCCUCCUAAUUUCCUUAACAACCCUCUCCAACAACCCAUGACACCUCCUCUUCAACCCAAUGUUUCAUUUUCGGAGAAGAAGAAUUCUGUGGCGGCUAUGAGGGAGAUGAUUUUCCGUGUAGCGGUUAUGCAACCCAUUCAUAUAGACCCAGAAUCUAUCAAGCCACCAAAGAGAAGGAACGUGAAGAUUUCCAAGGAUCCGCAGAGUGUGGCAGCGAGGCACAGAAGAGAGAGAAUAAGCGAGAGAAUAAGGAUCCUUCAGAGAUUAGUUCCUGGUGGGACCAAAAUGGACACCGCUUCUAUGUUAGAUGAAGCUAUACACUACGUGAAGUUCUUGAAGAAACAAGUGCAAACGCUGGAACAAGCAGGGGCAAAUAGACCCCUAAAUGCUGUUGGGUUUCCCGUGGUGUCCAACACCAAUAAUGUUAAUUAUUCUGCUUUUGUCAAGGGUUGCCAACCUUGUCAAAUGCUGGGUUCUGCUUCUAAACAAAUGCUCAGUUGA